AACCUCUACACCAGAUCUCAAGAUUAAUAUCUUUGUUGCUGGCAUUAUUGUCCUUUUCAUUUUCGGGGUGCUGUGGAGCCUGCCAUUCAGACACAGCCCAAACCAGCACUCAGUUAUCUUCCAGCACGGCCUGGGGCUGUGACUGCAGGAGCGGAGAGACCUGCAAUCAGAUAAGGUUUCUGAGGAGGCAGGUGAACAGGUUGGUGGCUGGGAGCUGUGGGCUCUGUGGUGCUGCAGGAGGCUUGGGAUCACUGCCUGGGGCAUGUUGCUGAAGCCAGGAAGAUCAUGGAUUGCUACGGGAAGUAUGCAGCUGUCACUUUGACCGUUUUGUCUGUAUUUCUGCACCUUCUUCAUUCUUUCCCAGAUGGAGAGUUUCUCAUGCAGGGUUGUCCAGAGUGCAAGCUAGGGGAGAACAGAUUCUUUUCAAAACCAGGAGCACCCAUUUACCAGUGCACUGGGUGCUGUUUCUCCCGAGCCUAUCCCACUCCAAUGAGGUCCAAGAAGACCAUGCUCGUGCCAAAGAACAUUACAUCAGAAGCCACAUGCUGUGUAGCAAAGGCUUUCACCAAGAUUACCCUUAAGGACAACGUGAAGAUAGAGAACCACACAGACUGUCACUGCAGUACCUGCUACUAUCAUAAAUCCUAAAGCCUGCCCCUUUGUUAAUGAUCAAGGACAACGGUGAAUGGAAUAUUUGUUUUUCAGCUUUUAUAGCACUGCUGUGUAAAAUCUUAUAUUUUCUGGUCAAGACACUGAGUAGGCCCUCAAAUAAGAUGGAUGGCUGUUUUAUUUCCUCUUUGCUUCUUCAUGCAUUUAAGUAAGUUUAACUAUUUCUAUUAGGGAUAAAAUAUGGUACUUGCAUGACAACCAAAGGCUCGAUUUAUUUUUAAAAUAAACUGUCAGUUAAAUUAUCAAUGUUUCUUGAGGAAAAAUGAUGAUUUAAUAGCUUAAAACACACCAAAAAAUGCUGAAUUGCUGGAAUUAACUUCUAGAUUUUUUUGGGGGGGGAGGGGGAGGGAAGGAAGGAGGAAGAGAGGGAUAGAAUAGUGGGCAGAAAAAGAAACAGUAAUGUCCCCUUAUUCAUUUAGUGAUGUUUGGAUUUUUUUGGAAGACUCAA